GAAGGAAGGCAAGGAUGGCAGAGUCCAGGUCCUUGCCCACAGGGUUUCGAGAACUGGAGGUGCUGGCUGUGGGGAUGGUGCUGCUAGUGGAAGCUCUCACUGGUCUCAGCCUCAAUAGCCUGACCAUCCUCUCUUUCUGCAAGAACCCGGAGCUUCGGACCCCUAGCCACCUGCUGGUGCUGAGCUUGGCUUUUGCAGACAGUGGGAUCAGCCUGAAUGCCCUCGUUGCAGCCACAUCCAGCCUCCUUUGGCGCUGGCCCUAUGGCUCAGAUGGCUGCCAGGCUCACGGCUUCCAGGGGUUUGCAGCAGCAUUGGCCAGCAUCAGCAACAGCGCAGCCAUUGCUUGGGGGAGCUAUCAUCAUUACUGCACCGAUAGAAGAUUGGCAUGGGACACGGCCAUAUCCUUGGUGCUCUUUGUGUGGCUAUCUUCUGCCUUUUGGGCAGCACUGCCCCUCCUCGGCUGGGGCCACUAUGACUAUGAGCCUCUGGGGACAUGCUGCACCCUGGACUACUCCAGAAACUUCACCAGCUUCCUGUUCACCAUGGCCUUUUUCAACUUCCUCCUGCCCCUUUUCAUCACACUCAUAUCCUAUCGGCUCAUGGAGCAGAAACUUGGGAAGACAGGACAUCCCCAGGUGAACACCACCCUCCCAGCCAGGACACUGCUGCUCGGCUGGGGCCCCUAUGCCCUCCUGUAUCUGUACUCAGCCAUCACAGAUGUGACCCUCAUCUCCCCGAAGCUGCAGAUGGUACCUGCUCUCAUUGCCAAAAUGGUGCCCACAAUCAAUGCUGUGAACUAUGCCUUGGGCAGUGACAUGGUCCACAGAGGAAUCUGGCAGUGCCUCUCAUCAAAGAGAAGUGAGCGGGACUGAGCACACUGAGCCUCUCCAUAGGGCUGUUCAGAUGCAGACCCACCCCUGCUACUCUGGACUGGGCUCCAUGGUUGGAGGCUGCACAAGGAGUCCUACCCAGCAGCCUCAGAAGCCAAGCUCCAGACAUACAUCCUCCAUCCCUAAUGGCCCUGUUGAACCUGGCCCUAGGCUGGACACAAGAAAGGAGCUGGCCUAAGGGGCCAGAGAGACUUGAAUGUUAGUCAUAGCCCUCCACAUAGAGGCUAGAGACCUUGGGAAAUUUGUUGUUCCUGACCUUAACAUAAAUAUAUUAAUAUGAACUCCCCAGGGCUUUUGCAAGACUUGAAUAAGAGAAUGUAUAUGCACCAUGCACACAGAAGCUGCUCAUUGGAACAGAAUUGUUAGAACUCAGGGUUUUACAUCAAAAAGGGUAAAAGCCCUAGGUUAUUUGUGGGUGCUCAACCCAGGCUGCCAGCAUUCGUAUGCUGCUUAUUAAACUGUCAUCUGGUGUAAAUGACUUACUCUGCCUGUACAUCUUUCCCAGCCUGUGAGAUGUGAUGACAGUAAUGGCAACUUGAGCAUGCAGAAAGGACCAGCAUAUCACCUGGCAUGUUAAAUGCUCACUGAGUAUUGUCCACCAGUACCCACCAGUCAAAAACAGCUAAGCUGCAUGUUGCUUAGUUGCCAACAUUAAAAGGCAAUUUAUUUAAAACUCCAGAUGUCUGAAGAGGAGGUCCCAGCAGUCUCCUCCAUGGCGACAGUUUGCAGGGAUCAGGGCAUCUCUGCCUUUUGCCCAGGGCAUGUGCUCUCCAAUAGCUGCUGCUCAUGCAUUCCCUGCAGAGCACAUGGCCAUCUGGGUUUGUGACACUAACACUGGAGUCCCCAUCCCUGGAUGUACAACUGUUCCCCCCAGAGUCAGCACUUCAAGGACAAGGUUCACAGAUGAGGGUAGGACUCGUUGCCAUAGAAGAAGAUGGAGAUGGUUGGCAGGGUGAUUAAGGGCUCUAACACAAGGUCUGAUGAUAGAGGGGCAGCUGUCCCAAGCACCAUGGAGGCAGGAAGGAUAGAGCUGAAGAGGAAAGAGACAAGCCCUCAGAGCUGGGGCAUGGGAUGGUCAUGAGAACAGCAUCUGGGGUCUCUGGGCACCAGGACCUGACUCUUGGUUUUGCAGAUGCAGAAAAUCAGGUCAAAUCAACGUAAUUCAUGAGAAGUCCACAUAAAGCCAAGACCAGUCCAGUCAUUUUGAAAAACAAGGGCAGGUGAGAGGAAGCAGCCUUCCCACAGCAGUCUUUUCUAGACCAUACCCUAUGCCGAAUGCUAUGGAGACAAGAUGCCACUCAGCCUCACUCCAGCACUCACACACGGUUCUUGUCUUAGGCCCUGGAGUGGAACCAGCAGAGAAAAUCCCAGGCCUGAGCUGUGCUCACACACUGGCUGUUUGGGUAGCCAGGGAGAUAGUGGAGUUCAGCAAUCAGAGUUGCUGAUCCUGCCCCCACAGCCCAUGGAUCCUUAAAUUGUCUUAAUUGGAGAGCUGACCUCCACUCCACCAUUCGACAUACCCCACUAAGAUAGGACAAGGAAACUGAGAAGAGAAGGGAGAUGAACCCAGACUCACAGAAAGGGUGGAAGAUGAGAGAGGCUGGUGACAUCCAGCAUAAUGGCCAAUGUCACCAAACACAUCACACCCCAACCUGCACUCGAAAGAGAGAUGGGGAGAGAGGGAGGUGGGCUGGGAGUAAUCAAGGACACCUUUAGCCCCAGCCCAAGUCUAUGUGGAGCUGGAAGUGGUGGCAUCUCCAUGCUGGACUGGAUCAGCAGGAGAUGAGAAGGGCUGAUAUGGUGCCCCAUAGGUUGGGGGAGAUCCUCAAAGCCUGAAGCCAUUUAUUUAAGAAGUUCCAAGUCUACCCAGACCCUCGCUUCUCAUUUAUAAAGUGGGUUUAGGGAGCCUCGUUACCAUUGGGUAUUUUCCAAAGUACUUUCAGGAUCUAAAGUCACUUGUGGACACUAUGCACAGGGCCUCUCCUCUGCCUACCAGCCCACCAGCCCUCCAGCACCCCUGCCUCAACCUUUCAUGGAGCAGCUCAGCAGCAAGGACAAGAGAGGUGGCUGAGUCUUGUCUGAGACCCACCUUUCUGUGAGCCCUUGGUAGAGUCUCUGGGCUGGGAGAGGAAUCAGAGCCACCAGUCCCUGGAUCUCACCCAUCUCCUGUCACAAGGUAGAGCACAGCCCCCAAGGCCUGGCACCUCCUGAAGCUCCCUUUGCCCUGUGUGGCCCUGGUACCAGAUCGCAGCCCUCAAACUGUCUACAGCGAACAUGUACCACUUCUACAGUCAGAAAAACAUGCUCAUAUGUGAAGUAAGGGGUUACUUCUGCUUCCUUGGAGCUUUUUUUUUCCUGGACCCUUCUGUUGGUCUGAUUUUGGUGACCCUCUCCACCAUCACCCUCACUUUCCUGCCCACACUCAGGCUCCUGUUUCUUGGGCACCCCACAUCUCUCCCCUCCAUUCAUUCCUGUGUCCCCUAAUGCCACAUAGGAAGGAUAGUUAAGGAUAGUGUCUGCUCCCCAGCCAACAGACACAAUGCACUUGGGGAGUACACACCAGCAUGGUCCUCUUUCCCACACCAUCAAUCACUAGGGCCACCAUGCUGUCCCUAAGUUCUCCAAAAGUCAGGAGAACUAAGGCCAAUGGUGGGUGAGGAAACCAGAACCCCGAGGAACCAGGAAAGGAGGGUGAAAGCAACAGAGACUAUGGAGCCUGGUCAACAGACCUGAGAGCUCAGGGCAUCUUCAACGGGGCCUGGGAAUCAGCCCUGCCUUUGCCCCAGGCUUCACCAGUACUCCAGGUGUAUUGGCCUCGGCCCAUUGUGUGCCACCAAAGAAUCCGGAAUGGAUUUGGAAAAGGCCACCAUAAAGCAGGUGAACAACCAGAACCAGGUGCCAGAAAACAAUUAAGCAAUCACUUCCUCAUUUGUAGGUGAGCAUCCAUUUGACCCCUAACCCCAUCUGUGCCCUUUGGUCUUGUUCAUCCACUCAUUCAAUGUGCCUUUAAUGAGCAGCUACUGUGUCAAGCUGCUGUGUUGAUGGGAUGAUGCAGGGCCAAGACGCUUUCCAGUUUCCUCAGGAAGAAUUCAUGGCCCCUUUACCUCUUCAUGGCAUUUGUGAGUAAAAAGUUGGUGCUACCAUGGCUCCAAAGUCAAAAGGAGAGAUUAAGGUAGAGUCAUGUCCAAGUGCCAUUAGCCACAGUAUUGAUAGUAAGGGUGAUCGAGAUUGCUUGAAAGUUUCCAUCAGAAUUUCUCCAAGUCUUUACCUCAAAACUAAACUCUUCUGCCUCUUUGCAGAGAAAUGAAACAUGCCUUUGGAGCUUCACUGUGCAUUUGGUUUAAUCAUGUGUUUCAACAGAACUGUCCCCCACUGACCUUCAAUGCACAGUGCCUUCAGUCCCAUUCUGGAUUUUUUAAAAAGUUUCUUUGGUUUGACUUGAUAACCUAAAUGCCAUCAUUAUUUUUCACAGUAACAGCAGCGGGCCCCGGGCAUGCACCUGUGUGUCAUGACCAGGCUCCAGCCCUGCCAAUGCCUCCCUAGAGGCUGCAGUGAGUCAGGAGCUCUCUGUGGUCCAUCCUUUCCCUCUCCUCAGUCUGAGUGGGCUCCGACAGGGCAGAAGGUUUUCAAAUGCCAUCAGAAGUCUAACUCUUUUUAAAAAAGAGGUUUGUUAUGAAUUUGAUAUUUGAGUCCUCCCAGGAUUUGAAUGUUGAAGAGUUGAAGCCCUAAAUCCCAGUGUGACUACAUUUAGUGAUGGGGCCUUUACAGAAGAUUAAAAUUAAGUAAGAUCUAAGGAUGGAGCCCCAGUCUCAUAGGAUUAGUAUCCUUCUGAGAAGAGACACUACAGAGUUCUCUCUCUACUCACGUGCACUAAGGAAAGGCCAUAUAAGGACACAGUGACACGGCAGCCAUCUUCAAGCCAAGGGGAGAACUCUCACCAGACACCAACCCUUCUGGCACUUUGAUCUUGGACUUUGACCUCAGAACUACGAGGCAAUCCAUUUCUGUCAUUUAUGGACCCAGCCUGUGGUGCUGUUGUUAUAACAACCCCAGGGGACUAGCACAAUGUUACAACAAAGCUCCUUGCUUAGAACAGAUGACAGACUAGGGGAUGGAGAGCCCAGCUGGUGCCACUGCCCCCGACAUCAGAGUACUCAGUGUCGUUUCUGUAGAACCCCGAGUUUGUAUGAAAACCAAUUUAAAAGGCACAAACUUUGUUUUCUAAGAUUGCCUCCAAUUCUUGGACCCACUGAUUUCAGUUUAUUUAGAUCUCUAGCAAAGAAAUAUAAGUACAAUAGAAUAAUACCCCCAACUCACCCCAUCGUCUUGCUGGGAAGAUGACUCUGCCUAUUGACAAAUGUACUUGAAUUAAAGUCACAAAUACAGUAGAAAGCUGUUUCUGAGGCAAAUAAAUAGAAGAUCCCUGCCCUCCUCCCCAAGAUCCCCACUGAGACAGUUUUCUGGGGGAGGAACGUUGCUGUGUGCUUGCCUGAUUAGCAGAAAAAGGAAAUAUAA